AUGGGCGUGAAGAAAGUCCGCCGCCGCAGGACUCCUGCUUCUGCCCCGUGUCCCAAGUGUGGACGGGCAUUUUCACGAAACGAUAGCUUAAGCCGCCAUAUGAAAACUCACGGCACUCACAUCGAACAACGUCCAUUUCACCGAAUCAUCCAUGAGAAAUUCCGGGCCUGCAAUCACUGCCGGCGAUCGAAAAUACGCUGCACGGGCAGUACUCCGUGUGCGAGGUGCGAACAGCUCAAGCAAGAAUGUCAUUAUGAUCAGAAACGGCGAAAUCCACCGGUCUCGUGGACGGGCUCUUCGACUGCACCACCUCCUCAACCAGGAGAACCUCCAAAGAUCCCUAUCGCCUCUCCACGGCCUUCACUCGACGAUGAAGAAACCAUUGCACCCUCUGCCAGUCUCUCUGACCCAGAAAAGCUGCCGUUCGAGACUCCCAAGAGUUCUGAAGAUGCAGCGGCUCUUGCCGUCUCCUCGCCAGACAGCACCGCGGCUCUGUUGCGAUUGAGCCUUUCUUCUGACGCAGAUGGUCGUGCCAUCCUCUUCAACGAUGGCAAGGAUUUUUCUGUGGUUCAGUCGACAUAUGUAUCACCCACAUUUCACGUCUUGGACCCUUACAGCUACAAAUUACCAUCUAUCGCCGACUCUCGCGAGGCAUCUACGCCCACCAGCCAGCCCCUCGCCCAUUGCCGAUAUACGGUCCUCCAAUAUUUGUCCCCCUUUUUGGAUAGGGAUUUUGGGUCCAAUCUUGCGUGCGACCUCCUCGACACGUACUUUUCAAGUGCGUUCUCCAGUCGGAUGCAUCCAACAUGUCACCAUAUCCACAAUUUCAUUUUAAGACGCUGCGAUAUUCUUGACCCCGUCCAACCCCGCAAAACCCAUCCUGCCUUGAUUGGAAGCAUGCUUUUCGUGGCCGCUCUAAGCGACAAGGCGUUGGGGUUAUUCAGCGGACCCGAAGAACGAGACCGAGUCUGCAAAUAUCUGAGCCUGCUCACAUAUCGACUCCUCAGUCCUUCCAGAUACGAACCCCUGUUGAGUCAAGAAGAUUUGGGGUUACCUCCUAGCUUUGGAUCAGAUCCAGGCUGGUCAAACGAGGACUUGCGGCGGGCUUUGGAUCCUCAGCAGCAGUCAGAUGCCUUUCCCAUUGCAUGGGGCACCGACUAUAUAAUUGCGUUUAUCCAUGUGGCGUCGGUCAUCUCAGGCAGUGAAAAGAAGGCCGCAAGUAUCAGAUGGUGGAAUGUUGCGUUCAAUCUUGCAAGAGAUUUGAAGCUGAACCAAGAAAUUGAGUCAUACAUCCUGCAGCACGAUGAUGGAGAGGACCGCCCCAAUAUCAACUGCAAAUGCUCAUUGAAUCAAGAUGCGUCAAGCGGCUUUAUCGGCGAAGUACAUCGAGAGGAACGUCGCCGGACUUGGUGGCUCCUAUUUUUGAUGGAUCGACAUCUAGCACUGUGCUACAAUCGACCUCUAGCCUUGUUGGAUGCCGAGUGCAAAGACUUGUUGCUGCCUCUGGAUGACGUGACUUGGCAAUCUGGUGCGCUGCCUCAUAGUCACGGUACUCGGGCUGACGGACCUCGAUGCAUGUUGCUUCCGUCAGGGAGAGGAAGAUUCCACGGCGCUCCAAAUACCUAUUCCGGACCCGGUCUGUUCGAGUUCUUCUUACCAUUGAUGACAAUAACUGGACACUUACUGGACUACAAUCGAGCAAAGAACAACCCUGUUCUCGCUGCGGCAGGAUCGUCCAUGUGGAGUUCUCAAGAACGGCAGAUCCUGCGAGAACUUGAUCACUAUCAAGCCACCUUGGACCGCCUUACCACCCGACCGAGCCUAGAGAAUGACGCCGAGAAAAGUUCCCCUUGGACAACGGCUUCGGCACCUCCGAUCGAAGAUUCUGAAGCCACUCAUAUCGCUAAGACGGUUUCUGGUUAUGCGACCCAUGUGGUGUCCGUGCUGAGGAUUUUGGUCGGCAGUAAAUGGGACCCUGUUUGUCUUUUCGAGGAUGCGGAUUUCUGGACUUCCUCCUUGGGGUUCAAGGACUCCAUGUCACACACGAUGGCCGCCUCUGAAUGCGUCACUCAGAUUCUCGAACAUGACCCAGAUAUCAGUUUCAUGCCAUACUUCUUUGGCAUUCAGCUCCUUCACGGUAGUCUUUUGCUUCUGCUAGUGGCCUACCGUUUGCAAGCCGAUUCGGGAGCGGCAAUUUUGGCGGCAUGUGAAGCAGUGAUAAGAGCGACGGAAGCAUGUUUUGUGACACUUCCUACCGACUAUCAACGACAAUUUCGCAACGUGAUGAGAUCUGCAAUUGCUUUGGCAAAAGGAAGAAGAAACAAUCCCGGCGACACAGAGAAGCAAUUGACCUUUGUUCUCGCCAGGUAUAGAUGGUCGAGAAACGGUGCUGGAUUGGCACGAUGA